GUACACUAACCUAAAGGCGGAGAUACCUGAAAACAUUAAUGUUGCUCUUCAAGUAGCACAUGCAAAAAAUAUUUUUGAGAAAUAUUUUGUGGUUGACAAAAUGGGUUCAUUAGUGAAUACCAACAUUUACGGCGGCAAUGAUCGUUUUAUUAAGGAAUGGCUCGCUGCUAUUCUACAUCGUGGUACUUCAACGGAUCGUGUAUUGGCAUUGGGAUAUAUGAUCCGAGAAAAGCCUCUUUCUUCUCUGAGGCAUAUUGAAAGCUUACUAACAUUAAUAUCACCUGUCAAGAAACAAUUGUGCAUUAAAGCCAUCGAAGUGCUCGCAGAUCUCUUUGAAACCACGCUUCUUCCAACGAAGCGGAGUCUCAUUCCCUUCUCUAAUCGUCCAUUUUCCACUCUCUCCAAGUAUCAAUCAGUUCUAACAGAGGAAUUAUCACUGAAAGAUUCUAAAAAUGGCGCAGACUUACCUACUAACUGUCAAGAACAUAUACUCGGAAUGUGGUAUUUUGAAGACGCCAUCAAGAAAUACUAUCGACAAUAUUUAACAGCUUUGGAGAAAGUUUUACUUAGUGAAACCUUCGAAGGCGAGAAAUCAAAGGCCUUGAAUGCGAUUAUGAAUUUAAUCUCAAAGAAACCAGAAUGCCGAGAUAUUGCCCUUGGUAUAGUUGUUAACAAGCUUGGUGAUCGUAGCAAGGGAUUUGUUUCCAAAGUCAAUUACAAACUUCGGUUACUUUGUCAGAAAUACUCCAAUUUAAAGGCUGUGCUGGUGGAACAGCUUCGAGUUUUCCUCUUUCGGCCUAAUCUUUUGGAGAGGGCCAAGUAUUAUGCCAUUGUGUUUCUUUCUUGUAUUCCGCUUUCAAAGAAUGACAAUCACAAAUUGCUUGUUAAAGACGAGGAUGGAACAAGCGAUUCUUCUGUGGCUGCCGUACUAUUUAAACUCUAUCUCUCUUUUUUCUGCGCUUCUAUUAAAGCGGAUGAACUACCCGAGCGACUGAUUGCUGCUCUACUUACUGGGAUAUGCCGGGUCUCGCCAUUCAUUUCAUCCGAUGUGUUAUCAGACAACGUGAAGGACAUUAAUGCCGUCUUCAAGUUGGUCCAUAUUACGUCAAACUUCACAAUCAGUCUGCAGGCUCUCAAUUUCCUCUUUCAGCUCACAGUUCAUCAGCCUACCUUGCGUGAUCGAUUUUACCAGGCUCUUUACCGCAAGCUUGCAGAUCCAUCCAUCCGUUGGUCAGCUCGUUUGCCUACUUUGUUAAAGUUGGUUUAUCAGAGCAUUCAAGCGGAUACCGAUGUUGAACGUAAAGCAGCCUUCGCCCAGCGUCUUCUCUCCGUUGCUUUGAAUCAUCCCAAUUCGGGAUUCGUGGCCGGAUCACUCAUCCUGCUAGAAAAAGUUCGAUUAGAGUGCAAUGUCGAUGUCAUUGGUAGUCUUACUCAGGAAAAGGUUUCAACAGAAGACCCCGGGAUCCUUCUUCCAAAAUCCAUUGGAAUGGUCAAACCAAGCCACCACGAAAACGAUGCGAACGUGAAUUCUGAUGAGGAAUACUUUUCAGAUGCUCCCGGUUCAGAUGACGACGAGGGGGGAAAAAAGACUCAAGACAGAGUGGAUAGUGACGUCUUUGCUUGGGAACACAAAAAUGUUGCCACUGGGAAGAGAAAAAAGUUGGGCAAAACCACUUCCGCUGUGCCAGUGAUUGGUUAUGACGAUACCGCUAGGGAUCCACGCUUCGCACGCGCAUUUGGUCAGCCUUGUUGGUCACUCCAAUUGUUGGCCGCACAUGCUCAUCCGACUGUUGCUCAUUUCGCUCAAUCUCUUCAACAAAAGAAGGCUUUUAAGUAUCAGGGUGAUCCCUUUGAGGACCUCUCUGUUGCCCACUUUAUGGAACGAUUUAUCUACAAGAAGCCUAAAUCGACUACGUCAGCUCCUCUACCGGGAAAAAUUUCUGCGACCACUGUUAAUAGGAAAAAGGUUCAUGCUAAAACCCUUGCACCAGACAGUUUGGCGUAUAAGAACCUCAAAACUGAUCAAGUGCCUUCUGAUGAACGGUUUAUUCAUAGCUACUUCAACUUUAUUGAUGAUCACCCAGCUAAGCGAGUGAACAAGGAUGAUGAAGAUGGUUCUGAUUUGGAUGAAGAUUUCGAUCAGUAUUUGAGGAAGCAUGAACGAGGUCUUAUUCCAGAUGAUAUUGACGACGACGAGAUUGAUGAGGAUAUCGAUUACUCUACCGAUGAGGAGGAAGAGAACGAAGAAGAUGCUGACGACAAGAAUGAUGAUGACGACGCUGAUUUCGACGAGGAAUUGGAAGAUUUGAGCGAUGAUGCAAGUGGUGUAGGUGACGAAGACAGUGAUGGUGAUUUCGAUGCAAUGAGUGAUGAUAAACACAACAAGUCAGAUAAAUUCGACAUGAACAAGCUUUUUGUGAGUGCCGAUGAGAUUGGAAAUCUGUACGAUAAUCAAGAGGAGGAUGGCGGUGGUGCCAAGGGCCAAAGGAAGUGGAAAAACAAGCAUGGUCGACCUGGACUGGGUAAAAGGAAGUACAAUGCUGCUGGUGGAAACAAGUUCACGAAUAAAAGGAAAUUCCCUCAAUCAAAAAAUAAGAACAAGGGCGCUUCGAAGUUUAAGAAACCGAGACGAGGUUAA